AAGUUCAUGUUUGGAGGCUCUGUUACAGAUGACGGGAAGUACCUUCUCUUGUAUAUCUCGGAGAGUUGUGACCCAGUUAACAAAGUAUACUACUGCGACAUGUCUGCACUUCCUGAAGGUCUUCAAGGUUUUAGGGGGAAAGAUUUGUUGCUCCCAUUUGUUAAGCUGAUAGAUCAAUUUGAUGCACUGUAUACAGCAAUUGCAAAUGAUGACACAUUGUUUACUUUCCGGACUAAUAAAGGUGCUCCAAGAUACAAAUUAGUCUGUGUUGAUCUAAAGGAACCAAGUAAUUGGAUUGACGUUAUCCCAGAGUCUGAAAAAGAUGUCCUUGAAUCAGCAGAUGCUGUUAAUGGUAAUAAGAUGAUUGUGAGUUAUCUAAGCGAUGUGAAGUAUGUGCUUCAGAUAAGAGAUUUAGAAACAGGUUCAUUUCUGCAUCAGUUACCACUUGACAUUGGGACAGUUUAUGAGAUUACUGCUAGGCGUGAAGAUGAUAUGUUUUUUAUUCAUUUUUCAAGCUUCCUUACUCCUGGUAUUAUAUAUCGGUGCAACUUAGGAGCUGGGGUUCCAGAUAUGAAGAUAUUCCGUGAAAUUUCUGUACCUGGAUUUGAUCGUACAGAAUUUGAUGUCAAUCAGGUUUUUGUCCCCAGUAAAGAUGGUACCAAAAUCCCAAUGUUCAUUGUGGGCAGAAAGAAUGUUGAUUUGGAUGGAUCACACCCUUGUUUAUUAUAUGGAUAUGGUGGAUUUAACAUCAGUAUCACACCAUCAUUCAGUGUUUCUCGCAUUGUACUAGCUAGGCAUUUAGGUGCCUUUUUCUGUAUUGCAAACAUGCGUGGUGGGGGAGAGUAUGGAGAAGAAUGGCAUAAAGCAGGUUCACUUUCCAAGAAGCAAAAUGUAUUUGAUGAUUUCAUUUCUGCUGCAGAAUAUCUCAUAUCAGCUGGCUAUACCCAGCGAAGCAAGUUGUGUAUUGAAGGUGGGAGCAAUGGUGGGCUUCUAAUUGGAGCUUGCAUAAAUCAGAGACCUGAUCUUUUUGGUUGUGCUUUGGCUCAUGUUGGUGUGAUGGACAUGCUACGUUUUCACAAGUUUACCAUAGGCCAUGCAUGGACGUCUGAUUACGGUUGUUCGGACAAUGAAGAAGAAUUCCAUUGGCUAAUCAAGGCAAUGGAGGAAAUGGGAGGGGAGGACGGGUGGGGUGGGGGCUGGGGGAUUGAUGAAGCUGCGGAUCGAUAUGGUUUCAUGGCCAUGGUGUCAGACGCAACUUGGAUCGAAUAGCUGUUUUUUGUUCUGAUGGACUGAUCCACGGUCCAUCUUAGCCGAAUAGAUUUUAAUUAUGUUACUAGUUCAAAAUGCUGUUGAUCGGGAAUUUAUGUGAAUUGUGAACCGAAAAUUCUUGUGAUGGGCUCUCCAGAGUGGAAAACCUAAAUAAAAUAAAGAUAGGAAAAUGAU